CAACAAAUAGCAACGACGCUUGACUGCAAAAUUACGAAUAAAGAAUAUAUUGAUAUACCUCAACAAUAUAAUUAUUUAAUUCGUAUUUUUUCAAAUAAAAAAUUGAACUAAAAAAAACAAAUAUAAAAAAAAUGCUCAGGCUAAAAAUUUUCGAAACGUCACAAAUUUUCAAAAAUUCUCACAAUUAGGUGAUAACGACAAAAAUAUAUUUCUAAUAGAUUCCAGCAUUAAAAUCAUUUCGUUAUACAGACACCAAUUAAAGGAAACAAUCUUUAAGCUUCCUUGACAAAAAAAAUGUCUGUCACACUUGCACACAAGAUUUAUUUUAAAUUGAUACUCUUACUUCGAGCCCUCGCUAAAUUGUCGGAGUUACCUACUAGCUAUCGGGCAUCGAUAAUUGAAUUAAUUAAUCAGUUUAACCAAGUCUCGAGUAAGCUGGGUAGUUUGUGUGGGUAUUCCCGUGCCGAUGGUCUUACCCAAGAAAGAGUUGAGAAAAAAACGAAAAAAAAAAAUGAGGCGGUUGAUACCAACCUCCUGGAAAGUCAGGUCGCAUUAAGAUCUCAGCAUGAUCUAAGCCCUAGCGUGAGAAACGAACGUAGAUCUGAGAUGGCUGCACGUUUGCACGAUAUAUCCCCUAGAAGACAAUAUUAUUUUGUGCAUAUUAACAUAACGGUUCUUUACGAGUAAUAUGUUGCUCGAAGAAAAAAAAGGAGAAUUU